GGUCCGUUCACACAGACCGGCUCGGAGAGGAGAGCAGAUUUUUAUCACGUUGGAAACAGUGUUUUGAGUGAUUGUAGUAAAGUUUAUUUUUGCAUUUGCACCUUUUUUGUCAUUAAAAAUGCCUGAACGCGCUUCGUGUGAAGUAAUAAAAGGAGCCGACCGGCUCCGCUUGCGUGCUCUUUCUCGCUCGCGCAGCCGAUCGGCUCUGAUUGCGUGCUCUUUCUCGCUUGCGCAGCCUGUCGGCUCCGAUUGCGUGCUCUUUCUCGCUCGCGCAGCCGAUGGGCUCCGAUUGCGUGCUCUUUCUCUAUCGCGUAGCCGAUCGGCUCCGAUUGCGUGCCCGCUGCGGCCGCGCCGACCGCCAUUUUGAUAGCAACAUUUGAACGUAAUAGUUGUGCGUACUUGUACGAAAAGAUGAAUGAUGAAAAAUUAAUAAUACUCGUGUCAAAAUAUGAGUGUUUAUUUGACAUAACCAAGCCAUCAUAUAGCGAUCGGAUAAUGAAAGACAAUGCAUGGGAGGAAAUUAGCAAAUGUCUCGGAAUAAGUGUGACGCAGUGCCAGGAUCGUUGGAAGAAACUGCGAGAUAACUUCAGAAAAGCCUAUUAUAACCGAAAAGGCAAGAGUGGCGAUGGUGCAACUACGUCCAAAUUGAUAAAAUUUGAAAAAGAACUUUCUUUUAUAAUACCAUUUUUUCGCAAUCGAAACCAAAUAUCUAAUGUAACAUUAUCAUCGGAUGAUUCAGAGCCUGGCACACCAAUACCACCACCAUCGACAUCAUCUAAACGUUCUGACCAUUCUGAAGUUGAAUCGCUUGCAAGUACUUCUGGCUCGAAAAAGAGACCACGCUUAAGCAAAGAUGUUGCUACGGUUUUCGAAGAGUAUCUUGAAGAAAAAAGAAAUACUACACCCCGUGACAAGGCAUUACGUAAUUUUUUUUUGUCUAUGUCAGAUACAGUGGAAACAUUCCCAAAAGAAGUCCAAGCACGAAUUAAAAGGCGCGUGUUUAACAUUGUUAAUGAAGCUGAAUUAAGUCUGUAUGAAAAUAGUACAGAUUUGAAUUAUUCUUUGUCUAUAAAUUCACCGCCAUCGACUAAUCAAUCUACUUACCUAGUGUCAAACGAAACCUUUAAACCUUUAAAAUCAUCGUGUGCACCUGAAAGUUAAGUCUAGCAUGCACUCGUCCAUACAAUUACGAAAAUCACAUUUACGAAUCCGCU